AUGCGGUCGACGAUGGCAUCAGACGCGAACACAACUCCUCAAAUUGACGCGGAAUUAGCAACUCUCAAAACUCCCGACAUUGAUGAAAAGCGCAGCACAAUAGUCAAUGCAUCUCAAUACCUUCUGUCUGAUCGUUUUUCAACUAUCAGGAUCGUAUUGCAAGGCUUUAUCCUUCUCGCCAUGUUGAUUUAUGCAUACAGCCAGCUCUUCUACUUCUCAAAGACGUACUCUGAUGUCAGUACAACAAUUGGAAUGUGGUAUCAUGUGCCAAUCGAUGCGAAGAAGGACAGCAAGAUUGGUCAUAAGGAGAUGGUGCGUCCGACGUUCUUUGUCCUCGUCUGCUUUGUCCCACUUGCGGUAUCGUUGGUUAUUUUUGAGCUACUAAAACGUUUUAACAUGCAUCGGGUAACGUUGUCAACAUUUCUUAAAACUUGCCGCGUAUUACGCCGUAAACCACGACUGUUCGGCCAUGUCACACGACUAAGUCUUGGUGAAUUUCUGUUUCUUGCUUUUCUUAUAGGAGGCAAUAUGUACGUAUUUUACUUUUAUUACUUGAAACGAGUGAAUAAAAGCCAUAAGAAGGGGCUUGACUUUAACUUUCAACUAUAUCUCGAAAUGGUAUCAAUCACUUUUGGAUUCAAUUGCGUCUUUAACUUGGCGUUUCUUUUCCUACCGGCUACGCGAAACUGCGUCUGGAUGGAGUUUCUCAACAUUUCCUAUGCCAAUGGUAUCAAGUAUCACCGUUGGAUCGGUGUUGCUACAAUUCUGACAGCACUAUUCCACUGUAUCGGUUACUACUGGUCGUGGCUUAGAAUUGGCGAAUGGAAAGCCAACGUUUUUCCUUGCUUUAACUGCGAUAUUAGCGAUGAGGGACACGAUAAAUGGAGAAAUUUCUUUGGAGAAAUGGCACUACUUAGCUUUUUGGCCAUAGGAAUCACUUCAAUUCCGUGGAUGAGACGAAAUUGUUACAACACAUUUUACAGCGUUCACCACCUUUUUGUCGUCGGACUUGUUUUCGCUGUUUUGCACUGGAAUCCGGUACUGGCAUGGCUGCUUCCGUCGCUCAUACUCUACACAAUUUGUCGCUGUAUUUCAAAUUGUAAUGGCUUUACCCCUGUGGCAGUAAGCGACUUCACAACGCAUUCUCAUGGUGUAAUCAAAAUGGUGCUUUAUCGUUCCGCGAACCCUACAAGUGACUUUCAUGUCGGCCAAUUUGUUUACUUGAAAGUUCCUUCAAUAUCGCAGCUGCAGUGGCACGCAUUUAGUAUUGCCUCAGCCCCACGUAGUAGUCCGGAUACUUUGACGAUUCUAUCAAAAGCGGUUGGGGACUGGACCCAAGAAUUAGUUAAGUAUUUCGAAUCUUGCAAGUCGAGAAAUAUUCUACCGACAAUCUACAUGGACGGCUUUUAUGGUGCGUCACUCGAUAUAUACGACGAGUAUUCUACUAUUUGUCUUGUGGGUGGUGGGAUCGGAGUCACUCCUCUGCUCGCUAUUCUUGAGGAUACGGUGGCUAAAUUGCGCCGCGGCGAGAAGUUGAAUCAAAAAUUAACCUUUAUCUUCUCAUUCCGAGAACUUUCACUACUGGAAGAAAUCUACCCAAUACUGCAGCAGAUCAAAGAGCUGGAUCCAUCCCAGCGAUAUUUGUGUCAGCAUCUGUACCUCACUCGUACACCAACAGCUACAGAGCUUGACAAGUCGAUCAACCGUCAGCGUACCAGCGAAAAACGACUUGUGGACGCUACUCAGUACUAUUCGUCAAAGGUGCCAAGACCGUUUAGGUCACCGCUGUACUCAUGUGCAAGCAAAGUUGCUGUGUUCUCUGCGUCCUUUUUGACAACAUUGCUUGUCGUACUGGUUGUCAAGUAUGGCAACAAAGUGGAAGCUAUAGACAAAACACUUUGGCCGCUGCAAAGCUUUAUCGAGAUUUCGUUGCUUUUUGCUGUGACCAUGAUAGUCGUGUAUACAGGCGUGGCUCUAACAAAGCAUAUGAAUGACCCUGAGACCACUACGAGCCAGACGUUCGAUACGGUGCAUAUGCCAUAUCCUUCUUCCAUUGCUCCUGAUGUACAUACGUUUCGUGACCUCAUUAGAGAGUUUAGCGUUGAAAUUGGUCAUCGUGCCAAUAUUGCAGAGCUGAUGAAUUCGGCGUUUGUACAGCACGUGGAGUUUAGAAAAACGCAAACUAAUUUGUUGACUGUAGGGAAUGCAACAGUAGGCGUAUUUGUCUCGGGUCCCAAAGAACUCAAAAGAUCCGUUGAGUAUGCCGUUGCAGACAUCGGAAUCCGCUACUUUGAUGUGCACAAGGAAGAGUUUGAGCUUUAG